AAUCCCAACCGAGAACCCUUCUCCUUUUAGGAAGCCUCUCUGAUCACUCUUCUCUCCUCCUCCGUUCCCACUUCCCAAUUCUAUCAUGGAGCCUCUCUGCUUCCUCUCCUCCUGCUUCACCCUCUUCCUCGUCUCCUCUCUCCUCCUCCACAUUCCGUCUGCAGUUCACGCUACCACUUUCACAUUCGUCAACCGAUGUCACUACACCGUCUGGCCCGGAAUCCUCGCUAAUGCCGGCAGUGGAAGCCUCGACACUACCGGAUUUGAGCUCCCCACGGAUGCUUCCCGCUCUUUCCUUGCUCCCACUGGCUGGUCCGGCCGCUUCUGGGCAAGAACCGGUUGUCACUUCGACGGAUCCGGCACCUGUGUCACGGGAGACUGUGGCUCCGGCGAGCUCGAGUGCAACGGCGCUGGCGCAUCGCCGCCCGUCACUCUCGCCGAGUUCACGCUCAGUAGUAGCACUGGAGGGCAAGAUUUUUACGACGUCAGUCUUGUGGAUGGGUACAAUGUUCCGAUGAUCGUGGAAGGGUCGGGCGGGUCGGGUCUGUGUGCUUCUACCGGGUGCGUUUCCGAUCUGAACCGGCAGUGCCCGGAGGAGCUCAGAGCGGGGGAGGGAGAUGCGUGUAAGAGCGCGUGUGAGGCAUUCAACAGCCCCGAGUACUGUUGCAGCGGCGCAUAUAGCUCGCCGGCGACGUGCAGGCCGUCCGUGUACUCGGCAAUGUUCAAGUCGGCUUGCCCGAGAUCGUAUAGUUACGCCUACGACGACGCUACGAGUACGUUUACUUGUACGGGUGCAGACUAUACGGUGACGUUUUGUCCAUCCUCUCCAAGUCAGAAAUCUUCGCAAGAUUAUUCCCCUCCCAUGAUGACCUCAACACCAACGCCACCAUACUCACAAGGAUCAGGAUUUGGAGCAACCUCCACUGUCACCGGAGUAACCAUGGGCUCCGGCUCUGAUUUCGGCUCCGACCCCAAGUUGGCCUCGGAGUCGGGCUCAAACUCGGACCCGACUAUUGGGUAUACGGUUACGGGUUCAGGGUCAAGUGGAGAGGCCAUGCUGGCAGAUAGCUCAUAUAUUGCUGGCUUGGCCAUGGGAGCUUCGCCCACCACACUCCCUUUAUCGUCUCUACAAUCUGCCUUCGUCUUCAUUUAUAGCAUUUUGCUUAGUUUCUUCCUCGUCUAGCUCACCAAUUCUCGUUAUUAAACCGACCAUUUCAGGAUAAGUGUGCUUAUUUAUGAUUAGUUUGAUACCUUUAUCAUCGAUAAACUGAGUCUACUCUUUUGGUCAAAAAAAAAAAAAAACUGAGUCCACUUUGUGAUCUUUCAUUUUUGGUGUACAUUGUAAUGCAUGAUUUAUUUUUGUGGGGGGGCCACAAGGAGCAUAUAUGCAAUUUUUAGCCGCCCUGAUUUGCUGGUCAGUCACAUGAAUAAGAGGGUGGAAGAAAGUUACUUGAAA